AUGGCGCAAAACCCCAUCGACGAAGUGGUAGCGCCUUUUGAUGGCAUGGAUCUGGAUCAAGAUGAUUCGACUUCAAUGCGCGGCGACUCGGCGUCAACUCUUCUCCCCAUCGGAAGACAAACCCGCCGCGAGAGACGCCGAGCCGAGGGAAGAAAGCGCGUCGAGAGAAUAUUCGGCGAUCGGAUGAAGGGAAAAAGAGGUGACGCCUUCGUGUCUACCGAGGAAGAUCCCGAGAAGAAGCUCUUCAGAGCCAUCGAACACUUUCCAGAGACUCUCAGAACCGGGUUCAAGACCGGCGUCUCGUUUCAUACGGUCAAACCGAUCGAGCACUCCAUCGCCGAGAAUCUCUGUCGCAACCUCAGCCUGCGGGGUACUCUGGGAGGCGACUCCGCCCGCCUCUUCGCAUUCGCCCGCACGCUCGUCAGUCAGUCCAACAACAUCAAAAGCUACUAUCCGACGGCGAAAUACGAGGGGUCCUUCGACGAGCGACGCAAGUUCUUCUUCCAGGUCUUGGCGGAUCGAUUGGUUGUGGCGAAACUCGGCGGAGGCGUGCCGCCCAGGAGAUGGGACCGGAAUCUCAUUUCUAGACAGACCUGCGAGGCGAUGCUGAAUGCCUUUGCUGAAGCCCGGGUGGCUUACCUCCGGAUGGACAUGGACGACGGCGAGAAGGUGGUUCAGGAGGGCACUUAUACGAAAAAGGUGACGAAAUUCAUCAAAGAACUCGAUCAGUGGAUCUCGUUCAUCCAGAAGCUCGAGAACAAGGAGCAGCAGGGAGAGGAUCACGAGUUGGCUGACGCGAUGGGCGACCUUGGUAUGGGAAACUGCAACGAACCGAAAAGGCUACGAUGCACCGAGGUGGAUGAGCAUGGCGGCGUGACGGUGCGAUUCAUCUCACCGAAGAAGACCGAACUUACGACCCGUUAUGGCCUCGUGCCUCGCGACAUCCGCAAGAUUGAGGCCUCGGCCCUCUCCCACAUCGGCCUCCGACCAUCCACAGUCCUCGUUCACCUUUUCCACCUGAAGGUGCUCGUCCAACGCGACCGAGCCCUGAUAUUCGAUGACGCGACGAGCAUGACCUCCCGCGACAACUUCUUGCGCGAUAUUCGUGAAGCGAUACGGCUGAGAGACACGACAGAGAGCGAGGCAGCAGCCUACCAAGAGGAGGACAAGACAUACAGCCAGCCGCGAGCCUCUUUUGAAUUCCUGGCUCUGGAAGCUGUGCUGAGCUCUGUCGUGUCGGAGCUGGAGGUAGAACUCGAGGCCGUGCGACGCCCAGCUGAGCAUGUCUUGAAGUCACUGGAAUACGACGUGGACCGCCGCGUGCUGCUGAACCUUUUCGGCCUCUCCGGCAAGGCAACUUGGGUGGCAGCUCAGGCAGAGCUAGUCUUGACCGCCGUUGAGGAUGUGCUCGACUGGGAUGACAGUCUCGCCGCGCUCUACCUGACGGCGAAGGCAGGUCCAGACGGCCGAGCCAAGACAGCCGACGACGAUCUCACCGCGGCGGAAAUGCUGCUGGGGUCUUACUAUAAUGCGUUGAACGAGAUCGUGCAGGAGGCGCAGAGCUUGGUGUCCAGCAUUCGGAACACCCAAGAGAGCGCCAGCGCGAUUCUCGAUGCCAAUCGCAAUACCUUGAUGCUUCUAGAUCUUAAGUUCCGCAUGGGCACGGUGGGCCUGGCCACCGGCUCGUUCUUUUCUGCCUUUUACGGCAUGAACAUCUCCAACUACAUCUUGGAGUACAAUUGGGCGUUUGCCGGCGUGUGCGGCACAUCUGCACUCCUCACUGUGGUUGCCAUCUGCUACGGGUCGUCAGGAAGCCCGGUCUCUCGUCUCUGGCAGAUGGAGCAGAACAUUGAGAUGAAGAGACUGGGCAAAAUGUAA